UCGUGUUCACCUCACCGUGGGCGCCGUGGCCGCUGGCUCGACCGAGCAAUCUCAGCGCUGGUGCGGGAAGCUCUGACGCAGGCAGCUGCAGAGCGCCCGCAAGACUGAGCUCCCGACCGGUGAUCGAGUGGACAAGUAGAGAUGGCCGCGAGACGCGGGCCGCCGAGGUCGACAGUGCUCCUUCUCGCCGUUCUCAUCGGGUUGUGUUUCGUCUUUCUCUUCAGCCUGGAGCGGCACAUGCGGCGACCAGCCGCUGCUCUUCGUAAGGCAACGGAAGAGGAGUUGGCUGCGCAGUCACGGCGGCAGCGAGAGGUGGCGCUGCCACGGCAAACAGAGCCCGCAGCAGGCACGACGAUAGCGUGUCCGCUGUACUCUGGACCGGGCUUCGGCAAGGCGGGCGCCAAGUACACCGAGUUGCAUGCCAUAAACUUGCACUCGCCGUAUCAGGGCCUGCCGGAACCACCAACCGCGACGCUGCAGCAGUUCUCCCUGCGGCGACUGCGGCUGCUCGCGGGCAGUGCACAAUGGGCCUCGAUGCAGGUCAACCUGAAUUACCUCCUCUCCAUCGACCCCGACACCCUGCUGUGGGCGUGGAGGCGCAAUGCGGGCGAGCAUCCGAAGGGCAGACCCGCCGGCGGCUGGGAGGCGCCGCACAUGGAGCUGCGGGGCCACUUCCUCGGCCACUAUCUGUCUGCGUGCGCAAUGACCUGGGCUUCAACAAACCACUCCGUUCUCGAUGGUCGGAUGCGGUACGUCGUCUCCGCCAUGGCCGAAGUCGCUGCGCGCCUGGGCGGGGGCUACCUCUCUGCCUUUCCAGAGUCGCUGCUCGAUCGGUUCGAGCGCAUCGAGCCCGUCUGGGCGCCCUACUACACGCUUCACAAGGUGUUGCAGGGGCUGCUCGACCAGUACACGAUCGCCGGCUCCUCUCUCGCGCUGCAGCUCGCCAUCGGCCUCGCGGCGUACGUGGGCGGCCGCCUAGAGCGAGUGCUAUCCACCUCGGGGCUGACCCACCACUGGGCGACUUUGAAUAUGGAGUACGGCGGGAUGAAUGACGUGCUAUGGCAGCUGGCGGCCAUCACCGGCCGGCCCGAGCACCGUCGGUGGGCCUCUCUAUUCGACAAGCCUUGCUUCCUUUCGCCACAAGCAGCCCACGAGGAUCGACUGUCAAAAAUGCACGCGAACACGCACGUGCCCAUCGCCAUCGGGGCGCUGCAUCGGCAUGAGGUGACUGGUGAGCCCGUCUUCCGCCUCCUCGCUGAGAACUUUCUCGACCUCCUCAACACGACGCGCACGUUUGCGACCGGCGGCUCCUCCCACCACGAAAAUUGGGGCUCGCCCAACAAGCUGGGCCACCUGCUCGGCCCGCCGCCAUUCGGAACGGUGCACCAGGAGUCGUGCGUGACGCACAAUACGUUGCGGCUCGCCAUCGACCUCUUCCGGUCAACGCGGCAGCCGCAGUACGCAGACUUCAUCGAGCGGCUGCAGCUGAAUGGCGUGCUCGGCACUCAGCGUGGCACGCAGCCAGGGCAGAUGCUCUAUUUCUACCCCCUCGGCACAGGGGUCAGCAAGAAGGAGGCGGGCAUCAACCUCGGCACUAGCGGCUGGUCCCACCCCACCCAGUACUUCAGCUGCUGCAUGGGGACCGGCAUCGAGGCCCAUGCAAAGUUACAGGAGGCAACCUUCUUCUUCGCCCCUCCUGUCACCGCCGCCGCCGCCGCCGCCUCUGGCGGCCCAGGGUCGCCCGCCGAUCUCUGGCUGGUCUCGCUCGUCCCAACCGAGCUGGUCUGGCCGGAACAGCGCGUCCGUGCGACUCUCACCGCCAACGGGGCGCUCGAUGUGCCGAGCGGCACUCCGUGCAACGCAACCCUCACCCUCACGCCCCUCCAACUCGCGUCUCCUGAGCGACACGGCGCAUCGGACGCCGCUGGGCUGCCGUCCUCCCUGCGGCUGAAGCUCCGCAUACCGCGAUGGGCACGCGCUGCGGCCGCCGCUGCCGCCUUGCGUGACGGUGGCGGCGACGGAGGGCUUCGUGGCUCGGUGAGCGGCGCGGUGGCGGCGGGCAGUACCGAUCUCAAUGUGGACUUUUGGAGCUUCGAGCUGACGCCGCCUGUGCGGACUGGCGAGGAGGUGAGCGUACGUCUCUCUCUGCCCGCCGCGCUGCACGUUGAGCCGCUCAAGGACCCACGCUGCCAGUACAAGGAGAUGACAGCGCUGCUGUACGGCCCGCUCGUGCUCGCCGGCCUGACGACGUCUGGGCAGUCCGAGUUGCACGGACGGCGCGAGCGCCUCGACGACGCGAUUGUGCCCGUCCCCGCGGACGCGCGCGGCCAGCUCAUCAGCUUGCGGGCCGCCGAGAGCGGCGAAUUCCUCUCUGUGCUUGGGCAGAGCGCAGUCGAGCUGCGAAGGCUCACCGAGCCUGGCUUCUCGAAUCGGCGGCGCGGAGGCUCCGAUGCCGCAAACGCCGCGACUUUUCGCGCUGUGCCACGAGCCAACGGAGAGGUAGCGCUCGAGGCGUUUGCGCUCCCAGGCCGAUUUGUCGCCCCGUCUGCGGCCGGUGCCCUCAUGCUUGAGGUGCCAAGGCGCGGCUCAUCGCCUCAUGGCUGGCGGUUGCACGCGCUGGCCGGCAGCAGGUUGCGGUUGGAGCCGGCGGGGUGGCCCGGGUGGUUCAUUGGAGCGGUGUCUGGGCCGGCCGGCGCGAAUAGCGCGCCCCGGGCUGCGGAGCGUUUGGCGCUCGUCAACGGCACGGCGCAAGCGCUCGAGCUCGAGAAGAGGCCGAGCGCGGCGGAGUACCCGCCGUGCUCCUUCUGGGCGCGCGGCGCGCGCGGGCAGGGCGUGCUCAUGUGGCCGCUCAACGAGAUGGUCGACGAGACCUACACGGUGUACUGGCGCUUCUGCGGGGUGCCACGCAAAUGGGUGCGAGGGGACGGCUACCUUCCGGCGGACUUUGAGCUGUACUCCAAGGAGACCACGCUCACGGAGGCGAAGCGCAUCUGCUCCGCCGACAGUCGCUGCACGUCGCUAACGGUCAACUGUGGGACUGCGGACUGUGGCUGGUCCGAGCCUGCACGGUUUAUCUUCAAGACCUUCUCGGACCCACGCACCGUGCUGCAGCCGCGGUCGGCAGACUCGGGACACUUUUGGCACUCGUUCUGGAGCGAGGAGGACGACACGCCACGUGCUGGGCCUGGCGCGGGGUGCGCCAUCGCCAGCGCGAGCGACGGGCACAUGGACCUGUCCAACUACACGCAGGGCAACCCGUUCGAGGCCCGGUAA